AUGGGCGACAAGAUCUGGCUGCCCUGCCCGGUGUUCCUCCUGGCCACUCUGUUCUCAGUGCUGCUGCCGGGGGCGGCCGGCUUCACGCCCUCCUUAGACAGCGACUUCACGUUUACCCUUCCGGCCGGCCAGAAGGAGUGUUUCUACCAGCCCAUGCCCCUGAAGGCGUCGCUGGAGAUUGAGUACCAAGUUUUAGAUGGAGCAGGAUUAGAUAUUGAUUUCCAUCUUGCCUCUCCAGAAGGAAGAACCUUAGUUUUUGAACAAAGAAAAUCAGAUGGAGUUCACACGGUAGAGACUGAAGAUGGUGACUACAUGUUCUGCUUUGAUAAUACAUUCAGCACCAUUUCUGAGAAGGUGAUUUUCUUUGAAUUAAUCCUGGAUAAUAUGGGAGAACAGGAGCAAGAACAAGAGGACUGGAAGAAAUAUAUUACUGGGACAGACAUGUUGGACAUGAAACUGGAAGACAUCCUGGAAUCCAUCAACAGUAUCAAGGCCAGACUAAGCAAAAGUGGUCAUAUCCAGACUCUGCUUAGAGCAUUUGAAGCUCGUGAUCGAAACAUACAAGAAAGCAACUUUGACAGAGUCAAUUUCUGGUCUAUGGUUAACUUAGUGGUAAUGGUGGUAGUGUCAGCAAUUCAAGUGUAUAUGCUAAAGAGUCUAUUUGAAGAUAAGAGGAAAAGUAGAACUUAAAACUUUAAACUAGAGUAAUUAACAUUGGGGGAAAAAAAAGACGGAAAAAUGCAAUACACGGUUAUAAUCAAGACCAUUAAUAGUCUUUUCAAAAAAUGUUUUCAGGCAUUACCACAAGUGUGAAACAAGUAUAGUUAUAAGGUGAAAGGAGUCUUCACUUUCGUCUGUGCAAGUAAUCUUAUUGCUUCAGUUGUACUUAAGUGUAUAACAGAAAUAUUUCACAGAGUAUAGGUAUAAUUGAAUGAAGCCAUAUUAAUCAGCAUUUUCCUAAGUUUGAAAAAAUCUUGCAGAUGUCAUAGGUGAUUUAAAUAAAUGAACUUUGGGCCUAAAUGCAACACCAAACAUUGUUUUUAAAAGAUUGUCUUACCUAGAAGUUUCUUUGUAAAUGUGGCAAUUACAAAUUAGAAGUUUUCAGUAUAUUGAAGUUUCUUUGUAAAUGUGGCGAUUAUAUAAUUUUUCAGUAUAGUAAGUUAUAAAUCAUCUGAGAAUUACCUAAUCAUGGAUUGGAUAUAUCUUUAGAAGACAAAAACUCAACUUUUCUUUUUACAUAUAUAUCUCUCCUAUAAUGUAAAUAGAAGCAAAGCUGUGAAAAACAGAUUUGUGAGAUUUUUAUAACCAAAUAUAUUUCAAUUUAAAAUAUUAGCAAAAAGUAUUAAAUACUUAGCUUAUAUUCCCCAAAGGCCAACAUUUUAAUAAUUCUUAAAAAUGCUCAGUCAUUAUUAAAAUUGGAACAAAUUUUCUCUUUGAAAUGAAAUAGCUAAAGGCUGCUCACAGUCUCCAUAAGGACACAUUUGGUCUAGUCCUUAACUCAGAACUAGAAUUUUGAAAUUAAAUGUGAGGAAAAAUAAUUUUAUUUUUAUAUUACCUAUCAGCAGUGUUGUUAGUUUUAACAUGAUUAAUGACUUGGAUAAUACAUUAUUAACAGCAGUUGUGAAGGAAAUACUGCUUAAAAAUCUGGGCCUUACAUAAAUAAGUAUCUCCUUUUCGGAGUUCUCAAAAUCAACAACAACAAUCAAUAAAGAAGAAUUUAGGUAAGCUUGAGAACAUCUGAUCAAAAUUAAGGUCACUUAAAUAAACUCUAAGUAUCUGGAAUCUGAUUGGUUCAUCAUAAUGACCCAAUCCUAAUACCAAUCAUGAAACUAAAUUCCAGAUAACUGAAGAAACUAUACUUGGCUAGGGUUUUAUUUUUUACAGUUGUUUUAUUCUGUUUUUAAUUGUCUUAAGUAUUCAGGUACAUUUUAUGAAACAAACUACUGUAAGGUUUAGCACUGGGUACAUACAUUACAAUUGUUAAAACUUUCACUAAAUGACCUUUCUGAUCACUUUAUUUAUUGACAUUCAAGUAAGGAUUUGAAAGCCCACAGAAUCCCAAAUGUAAAGUCGGUAUGUGAAUAACUCUAUGUAAAGUCUCUGCCAUCCUUGCUUAUUGCGAUCUGGGGAGUAUUAAAUACUGGUAAUUUAGCUACAUCAUGAAUUAAAUAGAAUUUUUAGGUUAUACCCAUUUGUAAUAUUAAGACAAAUAUGAGAAAUCAACUUAAAAAUUUGAGUAUAGAACCUGUCUGUACAUUAGUACUGCUGGAAUUCUUAAUAAGCAAUGAUAUUGAGAGAAUGGUUUCAUUUACUAAUUUACAGUCAGAGUGGUACAAAAAGAGAUUUAUUUCCCUCCUUAUGCCCUUGGGAGAACAAAAAGAUUAGCUAUCCCUAUAUGAAACUUUUAAAAAAUGAGGUAAAUGCCAUAUAUAAUUACCUUAACUGGCCAAGAAAAUGUUUUAAGUGUCCAGGAGUAGUGCCUACAAUACAUGCAAAACAAGGGCCAACAAUCACCUAUGAAGAGACCUCCCUUUCCCCCCUUCUGUUAAACUCAUAAUGAGAAGCAACCUUACCAUACUAAAACUAGCAAAACAGUACAGAUAUAAACUACUGCAUCUUUUCUAUAAAACUGUGAUCAAGAACUCUACCUCUGGCUGGUUACUGUACUAUACUCUGAUUCCUUACCUAACAAUGAACUUGUUACAUUAUCUACAGAUGAUUUGCGCCACCGAUUUUAAACCUAUGAUUCAGUAACGUCUUAUAAUGG